AUGGGCGCCUCUCUCUAUGGGCGCCUAUCUCUAUGGGUGCCUAUCUCUAUGGGCGCCUAUCUCUAUGGGCGCCUAUCUCUAUGGGUGCCUAUCUCUAUGGGCGCCUAUCUCUAUGGGCGCCUAUCUCUAUGGGCGCCUAUCCUAUGGGGGCCUAUCUCUAUGGGCGCCUAUCUCUAUGGGCGCCUAUCUCUAUGGGCGCCUAUCUCUAUGGGCGCCUAUCUCUAUGGGCGCCUAUCUCUAUGGGCGCCUAUCUCUAUGGGCGCCUAUCUCUAUGGGCGCAUAUCUCUAUGGGCGCCUAUCUCUAUGGGCGCCUAUCUCUAUGGGCGCCUAUCUCUAUGGGCGCCUAUCUCUAUGGGCGCCCAUCUCUAUGGGCGCCUAUCUCUAGGGGUGCCUAUCUCUAUGGGCGCCUAUCUCCAUGGGCGCCUAUCUCUAUGGGCGCCUAUCUCUAUGGGCGCCUAUCUCUAUGGGCGCCUAUCUCUAUGGGCGCCUAUCUCUAUGGGCGCCUACCUCUAUGGGCGCCUAUCUCUAUGGGCGCCUAUCUCUAUGGGCGCCUAUCUCUAUGGGCGCCUAUCUCUAGGGGGGCGCCUAUCUCUAGGGGCGCCUAUCUCUAUGGGCGCCUAUCUCUAUGGGCGCCUAUCUCUAUGGGCGCCUAUCUCUAUGGGCGCCUAUCUCUAUGGGCGCCUAUCUCUAUGGGCGCCUAUCUCUAUGGGCGCCUAUCUCCAUGGGCGCCUAUCUCUAUGGGCGCCUAUCUCUAUGGGCGCCUAUCUCUAUUGGCGCCUAUCUCUAGGGGCGCCUAUCUCUAGUGGCGCCUAUCUCUAG